AAACAAACCCGUGCGUGAAGGCCAACGGCGUUAGUUAAACAUAGGAGCAAGUGACAAACGAAGGGUAAUAUAUCUCCAAUAUAUUAUGUAGCGCAAUGGGGGUGGAUAUAGAAACCUACAGAGGAAGAAUAGGGACGUUCAAGUUUGCUUUUGGGACAGAUGUUAUUACAGUGGAGUGUUUGAUCAACUUCAGUCAUGGUCUUAAAACAGUUGGUUCUUUGGCAUUCAUAGGGCUGCUCUUAGUCAUGGCUGGUAUAGAAUCAAAUCCUGGCCCUAAGGAUAGUGAAGACGGCAAGGAUAUAGAUAUGGGCAAUGUCAUCCAGGUGACUGGUAUACCACCACAUGUCGAUGAAGAUUAUCUUGUGCUUGUAUUUAAGAACGCCAAAAAGCAAGGAGGAGGAAAAGUGAAAACCGUACAGCUUGAUAGACAGACACGAAUAGCGUUAAUAGAAUUCGAAGAUCCGAGUGCCGUACAGACAGUCCUUGAUAAACGACCGAUAAAAAUUGCCAACACUGAGGUAGAAGUUAGACCUUUGGCAAAGGCGGAAUCAUGUACUAUUGAAGUAGAAGGAUUUGCAAUGAAUGAUUCGAUAAAAGAAUUGCUAGAACUAUACUUUGAGGAUUCAUCAGGAGGUGAACCUGUCGUUGAAACAAGAAUAUUAGGAGAAGGAAAAGCAUUGGUGACAUUUGAAUCUCCUGAAGUUGCUAGAGGAGUGGUAGAAAAGGAAAACCACACUUUGAGUCAGCAAGAAUUAACUGUAACUUUCUACAACGAAACUGAAGUAUCAACACAGUCAAGAGAAGACAAGAUUGUCUCGGAAGAAACAAACGCUGCUGAUACAAUACCAGAAAAUACUGAAACUGAAAUAUCGACAAAACCGAUAUAUGCAGAGCCCUUAUCAAACGGGACGAUACAAACCGAUCCUGUACUUACCGAAUCAGAACCUGCAAAGUCUCUGGAAACUGAACGCAUACAUACUGAACAGGAAGCUACUGCACCUCUACUUACAGAUCCAUCUCCUACUGAAAAAGUAUCUACAGAACAAGUUUCUUCUCAACCAUCGCCAACCGAAUCUGUUUGUAGUAAACCAUUGGAUACAGAAUCUUGGAAUACUGAACCGGAGUAUAUCGCACCAUUUCCUAACAAUACCGCAUCGGCAGAAACAGAACAAAAACAAAGCGAUACAUUAGAACCCUACUCUGUGCCUGGAAAAACAGCAGUACCUACCGAACAUCUAAAAAACGUACCUGUAUUUACCGAAACAAUUCCUACAGAACCGAUUCAUACCGAGCCACCACAUACUGAUCAUUUAUCUGCCGAGCUUGAAAUUCCCGAAAAACAACUAUCCGACACAGAACCGAGCGAACUAGAAUCUAUCGAUUCGGAACCUAAUGAGCAUGAAUUUACUCAUCCAAAUGAAACAGUAGUUGAGAAAGUGCUUCAAUCUGACCAAGUACCAAGUGAAACUUUACUUAGAGAAAUGAAAUCUGAAAAAAGGUCGGAAGCGAUUAAAGAAGAUAUUCCUAUUGGGCAGUUUCACAAUAGUGACACACAUGGAGUCAAUAUAGACGAUAUAGAAGUACAAGUGUUGUUAAAUGAAACGGAACAAACCGGAUUGGACAAAAGUGAAGUUUUGAAUGAAAAUGAAGAAAAAGUUGCAGACAGCUUCACAGUUCAUCAGGUGUUAGAAACCCUUGGACUGGUAGACAAAUAUCCUGAAAAGAUAAAAGUAGAAGAUGUCUUAUCGAUUCCAUUGACAAACAAGAAAGCAAGCAAGACUUCUGAAGUUCCAUGGGUUCUUUUGAGACAAAUACUUGCUGUACAAAGUCAUGCUAGAGAUACGUGUCUGGUUGGAAUUGAAGAUGAGAAAGUGCAUGAAACCUCUUGCAAAGUAGCGGGUGAUUUUGACUUUAUUGAUGAAUCAACUACAAGUAAUGAGUUAAGUCCUCUUGAUGUAUUUAAUGUUACUAUACAAUGCUGUGAUAACAUGUUGAAACAACUUCUGUUUAAAAAGUUAUACCUUUGUAAAAUCGCCGUACCUUUUGUACAUAUUGAUAGACUGUCGCUUCAGAAUAAAAUAUCGGUAUGGCCUUUUCGUUCUAUAGUGGUCAACAGCAAAGUGUCAGUGGACAAGCAAGAACAUAAAAGUAAUGAAACCGAACUUUUAGAGCUUCCAGUGAAGACUAUUACUUUUGCACGUUUUGGUAGGACACAAUGUUCUAAAUCCAAGCUUAUUAAUGAUCUGAUUUCGGAACAAAUACAUGAUACAUUUUUUAACGUUGACUGCCCCUCAGGUAUGGCUCGUAGAAUAUUUAGUAAUGGUACUAUAGAAAUGUUUUGCUUACCUACAGUUGGUAACAAAAAUGAUAGGUUUUCUGAUGCAGUCUCAGUUUUUAACAUGAGAGGUGAUAUUGAGUCAGAUUUCCAUACUGACGUCUUAACAUUAGUUUCUCAAAUGUCGGAAUCACUAGUACUGAUUAUCGACAAACUUUCUCUCGAAAUGAGAGCCGAUUCACUUAGUAAUUUCAUAUCACGUUUUCCAUCCGUUGUACUCGUGGUAGACAGUCCUGUGAAUGCGAAAGAUAAGGAAACGCUGAAAAAAUUAAAAGAUCAUUUAAAUUCUCCACUAACACCAGUCGGAACACACAAAGGUGUUGCGAAAAAGAAUUCAAAAGAAAUCAUUGCAAAUGUAAAAGAGGUAAUAGUUUCAUUUAUUGAAAAUUCAAUAGCUAAAUCAGUAGAAAACAGGUUGAAUUCCAUAACAACUGCACUUGAAGUGGAUGAAAAUGGAGAUAGUUGCGUAAAGGGUAAAUCAAUAGCAAGUAGUUUGUUUGAAACAAUGUCAGAAAUAGAAGACAAAUGCAAGUGGAAAGAAUCUGUAACCCCAGUGAAUUACAUAUAUUCACAAAAGCUCGGUACAUGCAUAAAACGUCUUUACAGGUUAAAGAAUGUGGAUGAAAUUGGCAGUGUUGAAAGCGAAAUAAAGUCUGUCCGAACAAAGCAACUCAAAAAUGUUACUAGUAUAAUGCAAAUGUUUAUAAGUAUAUUGACUGACAAUAUUCAAAAUGUUAGCACAAUGCAAUAUAUGUUUGGAUGGCUUAGCUAUUUUGUAGACAGACAAAAGAGAUUGAUAUUGCCUCAGCUGAUUCAGGAAAAUCUUUCGUGUUGGAAAACUCUAGCCGUUUUAAAGAAAAAUGGACAAUCGCUGUCAGAUUUAGAACUGAAAAGGCAAGUAGAAUUAACAGAAGCAUCUCAGAAAAGAAUUGAGGAUGCUUCACUUGGAAUAGAACAUUUAUUCAGAGAAGUAGGUCAUAUUUACGAUGCUGUGUUGAACUUAGAUAAAACGUUUCACCCAGCAGACAUACCGUCUUCGACACUUGUUAUUGAAGCAGUUGCCUCACUUGUGGUACAUGGCCAGCCAUUUGAACUUGUCGACGGUGACAGCUUUUACAUGCCAACACGUUGGGUUGAUGAAGUAUUACAAAAAGUAUCAAGUAAAAUUGAGAAAAAGGCAAUUCUUGUUCUGUCUGUACUUGGGCUACAGAGUUCAGGAAAAUCCACUUUACUAAAUGCUAUGUUUGGCUCUCAAUUUCCUGUAAAGUCAGGAAGAUGUACAAGAGGAAUACAUAUGCAGCUUUUACCUUGCACGUCAGAUUUGCGUGUUGAAUUGCCUUUUGAUUUCAUUUUAGUAAUUGACACAGAAGGACUAAGAGCUCCUGAGAUAAAUCCUAAUCGACCCAACCAUGACAAUGAGCUAUCAACCGUGAUUACUGGUUUAGGAGAUGUAACAUUUCUCAAUAUCAUGGGCGAAAAUACAAGCGAGAUUAGAGAUAUACUACAAGUGGUAGUGCACGCAUUUCUUCGUCUUAAACUUGUCAAAAAGACUGUGGACUUUGGCAAGAACUUUUAUCUUUUGCAUCAGAAUGUUGUAGACAUAUCUGCAUCCGAAAAUAUGAGAACUGGAUUACAAGUCUUAAUGGAAACCCUCGAUACCGUGACUAAAGAAGCUGCAGAGACGGAAGGUAUAAGAGACAUAACAACAUUUAAUCAGGUAAUAGAAUUCGACAUGACGUCUAAUGUGUGGUAUCUCCCAAACUUCUGGCAAGGAAAUCCACCAAUGGCAAGAGUAAACUCUGGAUACAGUGAUCGUCUGUUGGAUGAAAAAACCAAAUUACUUGAAACAGCUUUCUCAAAAACAAACAAAUCAUAUCAAACAGUUAAAGACGUGGCAGUGCAUAUGCAAGACCUGUGGAAAGGAGUACUGACAGAAGAUUUUGUGUUUAGCUUUAGAAAUAGUCUUGAAAUCAAAGCUUAUGUUCAGCUUGAGGAAACCUUGAAAGAAAGUCUGAUUAAAUUAGAAGAUGAUGUUGAUGAAAAGAGGAUUACAUUUUCGCAGGAGGAGUUCUCGAAAUGUGAAAAACAGAACCAGUUACAAGAUGCUUGUGACGAAAUUAUUAUUCAGAUUCAGAAGGCCUUAGCAGAGAACGAAUCAGUUGCAAAAGAAUGUAUGACAAACUUCUUUGAAAAUAAUGAGUAUAAAGAUACAAUUAUACAAUGGAAAGAAUUUACCUAUAAUAGAAUACGACUUCACUGCAGUGAGCUGGAAGACAGUAUGAAAUUGGAGACAAUGCGACUUCGUGACAAGACUGCUGUUGACAUUCUUACAGCUGAAAGCAGUAAAGAACACAAGAAAGAGUUAUACGAUAGGUCUCUUCGAGUGGCAAAGGAAACAAAAGGGACAAAUCUGAGUGAACAGGAAAUUGACAUGAAAUUUGAAGAAACUUGGGAAAACAUAUUGAGGGAAAUCAUGAAUGUAGGAAUAUCUAGCAACACCAUAAAGUCUGUGAGGGACUGCAUUAUCAAGUGUCUUUUUGAUAUAAUAUUUAAUACAGAAAAAUUGAUAUUGAAAACAGAACUAGAAAAGAAAGGAAUAUUUCCACAUGAUGCUGAAAAUGUAGAGACAGGCGUUUUUCCUGUAACCUCUAUCUCUCAUUUGAAAGGGUCAUUUACAAACACGGGGAUAUCUAAUGAAGACAUAAGCUUUUCAAUUCAAAGUCCAAACUCGGCCGAGGCAAAACUUAUGACUGUUGCAGAAAAGAUUAACUAUUUAUUUGAAGCUAUAGAUUUGUAUGUAACUCGUUGUUGCCAGGGUGACAUGGAAAUAACAUACAGAGAAGUGAAAAAUGUUUUACUGAAAACUAAGCAUGAAGUAGAAGUUAUCCGCAAAGGUAAUAAUGAAUUUACUCUGAAGACAACUGCAGUCGUUAAAUUAUUUAUUCAUGUAAGCUCCUUCGUACAAACUAAAUUUGAUGAACACAACACCAAUUAUCAGAAAUCAAAUGGCGUACAAGCUCGUUUAGAGAUGUACAAAUUGCAAGUUAAAGAACAUUUCGUAUCCUAUAUAAAGGAUCGCAAAGCAGAAGAAACAGCCGCUAAACAAAUAUGCAUCAUUACGGAAAAUAUUUUACAUGAGAAGGUCAAAGAACGCCUACCUGUUGCAGUGAAAUCGGCGUUACUAAAUUCCAUGACACAUCUUAAAUUUCAUCUCAUACUCGAGAUGCUUCAAGAUAUGACAAAUAAUGACGACUUUGACUCAUUCAUUGACUAUAUCAAACAUCCUAAGUUAUUUGCUGAAAAAUGGAUAACGAAGAAGUCAGAAAAGCUACUUUUUGACCCAGCGACAAAGAAAUAUUCUGAAGUGGCUUCGACAGUUGUCACUGAAUUUUAUGAUGCGCUUAGAGGAAGCGCAAAGGCGAGUGAGGAAGCUUUUGAAUUAGAGACGCCGACCAUAGAAACAUGGCUGAAAUUUUUCACGUCCAACUUUCCGAAAUGCACAUUUUCAUCGUCUAGUUUUAGCGAUAUUUACAAAAUACUUGAAAAAAUAGAAGAUAUGAAAAACUUUUUGAGUGUUCUUAUUGAGCAAAUUGAUGUUUCAGAAUGUAACUUAAAGGAAGGAUUUGAAGAACAAACAAGUGUGUCUGUUACAUGGAGUGGUCAAAAUCCAUAUGAGUCUCUAAUUCAGAAAGCAUGGGGGUGUCCAGAGCAGUGUGCUUUCUGUGGCGAACCAUGUGCAAAAGAUACUAAUCAUGCUGGAAUGAAUCAUUACAGUCUGCAGCACAGGCUUUCUUGUUGCAAAGGUGUAAGAAAUAGCUGGACAAAAGAAGCGUCAAUUACGUCAUGCAAUUAUGAUGUUCACUCCGAUCAAAUACAUACCUGUGGUGUGUUUGAUUUUCUUUGCAAUCCAUCAGAACAUGUUGAAUGUAGUGAACACGUACACAGUUACAAAGAAUACAGAAAGUUUCUUCCAAACUGGGAUAUAGAACCGAAUCCAAACAUGCAGGACUGUGGAAAAUUUUGGUUAUGGUUCGUUGCUACAUAUAAACAAAAGUUGGCGGCUCAUUUCGAAUAUGAUGUUUCAAAUGUUCCAAGUACAUGGGAUGAGAUCACAAAAGAAGAGGCACUGGAAGCAAAGCAACUGAUGUUGAAGAGUUAUUCGGUUUAGAAUAUAGACUUACCGAUUUCAUGCUUUUCCUUUUGGAGAGAGAAAUAUACUACGUAUAAAAAGAUAGUGUCGUCAUCUUAGAACUUAUGGGAAAAUAUGUACGUGUAUUUUGCGUUUAGGUUUAGGUUUGUUUUAUGAUGUCAACAUUUGUACAAAAAUUAUGAAAAGCCCCUUUACAGUAGAGAACAUAAAACAAAAUGAGGGAUACACUUUUCUUACUUGAAUUCUCAGUUAGAAUCAGCAAGGCCACAAAUCAAUACCUGCUAUAAAUACCAAUAUUAGUUAGAUCUAUAUAUGAAGCUGUUAUUGAAUACAUAUUAAGGAAAAAUAGAGUUUGAUCCCACAACGCUGGUGUCCAUUAAACAUGAAAGUCUAAUGUCAUGUAAAGACUGUCAAAAUGUUUAAGAAUUGUUAGGUCUGUCUGAUGUAUUUAUCUCACAUAAUGAAUAUUUUCGUUAAUAUGCUGUAUAUCGUCUUUUAUCUGAAAUGGUUUAGAUUUGAUUACCUUCAUUUAUCAGUGCAACAUAAAUAAGUUUAAACCUUGAUAGAGUUGAACAUACAACCGACACUUUGCAUGACACUCAAAUUGUAAAUCAUAUAUAAUUUGUCUUUAAUUUCACACACCAAAAUGCAAAACAAUUGAUGUCUUUGUUGUCUACCCAAAGACUGCAAACUAGAAUUCACUAUUGGAUUGCAAUUAAUAUUUCUGAAUAUGUUCCGGUUCCUAGAGGUGUUUUAACCAAUGCCUUUUCCAUAGAACUUCAACAAUGCUACAUUAAUAUUGUAUCCGUGUGACAAAUUAAAUGACCUUUAACCCCAAAAUGACCUUGAACUUGACAAUGAAACAAUGUCAAUAUUUCAAUAUUAUACUAUUUCCAAUAUUUAAGGGGUAUGACAAAAUAACUUAAUGAUAAUAUGUAUAACUUUUUUGAAUGUUGUAAGUAAUUUUCUGUGACUGUCUCAGAAAAUAAAAUGUCAGCCUGUCCUAGUAUUAUAUUGUCCAGUUAGUUUUACCGUACUCAUUCCAAUACGUUUUAGUAAUUACAGCAUCUGGCGGUCUUUAGUUUCGUCUACUGAGUGUUCCGAAUAAGUAUGCAUUCCAUUCUAUAUUCGAACCCAAAGAAUUCAUAGUUUUCUUAUUUAACGGGACAUAUGAAAGAAUCUGAGAUAUUCGGAAUAACAUCCCCUUUAUAAAGCAUUUCGACUGCAAACCGCAAUAUUUUCUGUAAAACGCAGCGUUAACUUUCUUAUUUUGGAACAUUGGCUACACGAUGUUCAUGAUUUCAAUUUACUUAAACUAUUGAUGAAAACAAUGUCUUUUAUUUCUGUUUUGUGUUGGGAUUGAAAACGUUGAGAAAUUGUGCUUAAAUAGUUUUAUCUGAAAUUAUUUUUUUCUGUUGUUCAUGCAUGUACAAAGCCUUCCUUAUAUCGCACAUAUUUAACAUUAACGUGAGAAAAAACUUGUAAGUUGUAAAAUGUUUAUAAAUAUUUCUAACCAGCAUAGAUUUUUAGAAAUAAAUGUUAGGAUCUUUCUUCUGUCUUUACAUUUUUAAUAUGGUUUGAAAUGAAGAGGCCAUUUAACAGUUUUUAGAACAACAUUGAAUUCAAAUGAACUCGCAUGCAGCAGAGAUAAUCCAUAUUUGGAUUAUUGUGUACCCAUCCAAUAAAAUUCGAUAUUUUACCGUUACAUAACUGCUUAUUUAAAAAAAUCUAAAUUAGCAUUACAAUUACCAGUAUAUUCAUGCAGUUAUUUGUGUUUAUACAAACUGAACCGAUUUUACUAAAAUGACGUUUCAUGUAUUUAUUUAAUUGUUUUUUUUUGCUUUAACGUAUAGCAAUUUUGAUCAAUAAAUGUGAAUUUGUAAACUAUUUACUAAGAUAGUAAGAUCGAUAAAUGUAAUAGUUCAUAACUACAAGUAGUAAUUUCGAUAAAAGAGAUUUUGUAAAAUAGUUAUUUACUAAAAGUAGUAAGAUCGGGAAAUGGGACUUUUUUAUAAGUAGGUCUUUUACUGAAAGUAGGUUGAACGAGAAAUAUGAAUUUUGUAUAAGAGCUUUAGACUUUAUUUGAAACCCGCCCGCUUAGCUCAGUAGGUAGAGCGUUGGUCUACUGAUUGCGGGGCCGUGAGUUCGAUCCUCGGGCGGGGCGUAUGAUCUCCUUGACUAUUUGAUAGACGACAUGAAAUCAUUAGUCCUCCACCUCUGAUUAAUGUGGGGAAGUUGGCAGUUACUUGCGGAGAACAGGUUUGUACUGGUACAGAAUCCAGGAACACUGGCUAGGUUAACUGCCAGCCGUUACAUGACUGAAAUACUGUUGAAAAACGGCGUUAAACCCAAAACAAACAAAGACUUUAUUUUAAUAACGGGAAGUCUGCCAUGUGAUUUUAUUUAAUCAAAUUAAUGCAGUUUUAAAACAUUUGUCGAAAAGAUUUAUUUUUAGAUGUAUAUGACAUUUGUGUAAUUACGGUUGCAUUAAAUCAUAACACAUAUUUGUUUAUAUCUGUAUUUGCUAUUUGAUUUGUGUAAUUGUUAAAUGUGUUGUAUAAGAGGAUUAGGUAAGAAGAAUUUGCGAUUUCAGCUUCCAGUUAAGUGAAGUUUAAACAUAGCAUUUAGUUGAUACAUAAUUUAUCACUAUUUAACAAUAUAUAUAAUAUAUACAUUUAUGUAGUGAAUAACUUUGAUACAUUUUUUACUGUUUUUUGGACAAACAGUCGAAGAAUUAGGAAUAACAAUAAAAUUUAUAACCAUUGUUUUACAGACUACAAUUCUUGCGACAGCAAUGGAACAUUUUAGAAAAUAAUUGAAUUGUUUAUUUUUGAUUGUAUAGUAAACAGUGUAUUGUGUCAGUGAGUGAACAUGGGCUGCAAUAUUUUUAAAACUGGUGAGGCCACAAGUGAAAAUGAAACAUUCCGGUGUUAAAAUUAAUUAAAACAAACAGAUGUUAUUAUUUCAUUUCCUUUUGAUAGUUUUAACAACUUUUUCUAUUUAUGCCACGCAACUCUGACGUCACAAUGCUAUUGUUUGAAAUAGAUUCACGAUAUGUUAAUUAGGGCUGUCAUUGAUUGGGUCUUAGGCAUAUCGACGAUACCGAUAUAUCAGAAGACAAAUAUCGAUGAUACAUCGAUAUAUCGAUUAUUAAGUUAGAUUAACAACCUAUUUGUUCAUAUGCAUACUAUAUACCUUCCUGUAAAUGCUAUUUUUAGUUUUAUUGCCUA